AAAAGCCAAAACAGCGAUCCACAUGAGACCUAUAAAUUGAUAUACCUGACAUUGCAAUUGUGUAAAAAAAAUUUAAAGUUUGAUAAAAUUAGUCUGUCCUCGUUUAUCCUCCAUGGGUUGGGUUUCAGACACAGUUCACUCGGUCAAGUCCAUUAAAUUUAGAGAAGCUUUGACCCAAGUCAUUACUCUCGGGUUGGUUGUAACAUCCGCCCUAGUUAUAUGGAAAGGGUUAAUGUGUAUCACUGGAACUGAAUCCCCCGUUGUGGUUGUUCUUUCCGGAAGCAUGGAACCUGGUUUUCAAAGAGGUGACAUUCUCUUCUUGCACAUGAAUAAUGAUCCUAUUCGUGCAGGAGACAUUGUGGUUUUCAAUAUAGAUGGACGUGAUAUUCCAAUUGUUCACCGUGUAAUUAAGGUCCAUCAGCGUCAAGAUACACAAGAUACUUAUUACCUUACUAAAGGAGACAAUAAUGACAUGGAUGAUAGGGUUUUGUACAAUCAUGGCCAGAAUUGGUUGGAGAAAAAACAUAUUAUGGGAAAAGCUGCCGGGUUUUUACCUUAUGCUGGUUGGGCUACAAUAAUUAUGUCCGAAAAACCCAUUGUCAAGUAUAUACUCGUGGGGGCAUUAGGACUACUGGUUUUGACAUCGAAGGAAUAGGUUAAGAAACAACCACAUACAGACACAGUACAAUGUAAAAGAAUCUCAGAAUCAUUAGUGUUACUGGCACAAAUAAUUCAUAUUUUCUUCAUUGCCUCCUUACUGGAAUGGAGCUAUUUUAAUCAAUAGGCAUCAUUUGGUUUUAAAAAUUAAAUUUAUGGUUCUUAGAAAAAGGAGUUGACAUUUUAAAUUUAAAGUAAAAGUAUAAAUUUUGACGAUUA